GCGAGAUGGAAACUGUUACGAGAACGCUUCGGGAAAGAAGAUCGCCGAUAUACCCCAUCUGGGAGCGGAAAAGCCUCGCAGCCUGUAUGGCCAUUAUAUCAGUCAAUGAUGUUUUUAAAGAAUAUUGUAAAACAUCGCAAGACUCGAAGUAAUUAUGCACCAUCGACCGACGUUGAAGCACUCCAUGAGAGUACAAGUGUACUCCAUGGAGAUGCAGACACAUCCACAUGGAAUACACUUGAUACAUUAACGAGAGAUGUAUCAGUGUGUGAACAGGAUGACAUUUGUGAUGGUGUUGCGACCUAUUGUGAUGGUCCAUCAACUUCUGUAGGUGACAUAUCAACUCAACUGACAAAUAUGAAAAGAAAAAAAAGAAGAACAGAAACUGAUAAUGUUGAACUAGAGACAAGCAUACUAAAUACUUUGUCAGCUGUUCAAACCUAUCUAAUGAACAUUCAGAAUCGCAAUAGUGAUGACAUUUUUGUAGAAUCAGUUUCUACAAAUAUGUCAGAAUUAAUGAGAAAAAUGAAUCCUAAAGAAAAAAAAGGAGUUUAAAAUAUCUAUUUUGGAAUUUUUAGCCAAAUAUGAAUAAAUUUGAACACUCCAAGAACUGUUGUUUUGUUUGAUUUGGUAAACCACAUUCGUGAAUAUACAGACAGUAUUAGAA